AUGGCUGCAGGUGGGGCUUCUCUUCUUGCUGCUGCUGUUUUCUCCAUGCUGGUCAUGUCUUCCCUGGGGUAUCCGAGGCCUCUAUGCAGCGACUGUGACCCGCAAUGCCAUGCGAACUGCACCGCUGAGGUUAAAACCUCCUGCAGCAGUUACUGCAGCGGCGGUGGUGGCGGCCCUCGGGAGGGCUGCCGUAGAAAUAUCUUGCGGCAGUGCAUUGCAAAUGGUAUCUGCUGCAGUAGCAACGGCACCUGCACUUGUGACUGCAACGUUGUAGCUGAAAGUGGUUGCAAGGGGGUCACCGACGCCACCCAACUUUGCGACCCUUGCAUGCGCGGCAUCUUCGGCAAGUGCUUUCCCACCUGUAAAAAGGACUGCAACAACAACUGCAAGAAGAAAGGGUGCCACCAUGCCUAG